AGCGAGGAAGGCAGGUAGAAAGGGCUGCUCUGGGGCACUUAUGGAGCCCGGUUGGAUCUGAUGGGCGUUCCUGGUGGAGAGACACAGCAGCAGCAAAGGCACUUUCCCUUGCUCUCAAUCCACUCUCUCUCUUUUGCCAACGUGACCUGAAGAUGGGUCUGCUUUCCUGGAGCGGCUCUCGUGCGCUUCUCUCCUCUUCCCUGCCGCAGCUUCUUUCCCGCGGAAGCUGAUCCUUUUCUCCCUUUGUUUUUUGUCUUCUGUCCAUAAAACGCUUCGUUCCUCUCCGUUAGUUACCUCUUCUUUUCUGGCCUGCUCACCCUGACAGUUAGGUAGAAUUACACUUGCUACACAUUCAUGCACAGCCUUGAGCGUGCCCAGAGACAUUCGUCUGAACCGAGGGUGGUGGGGGCUGCAAGUCCUGAACCAUUCUGAUUGCUAGCCCAAUGGCAGCCGAAGUGAAGGUGUCUGGGCAGAAUCAGGAGCAGUUUCUGCUGCUGGCAAGAUCUGCCCGCGGAGCUGCUCUGGCCAGCCUCAUUCAUCAAGUGCUGGAAGCCCCCGGUAUUUAUGUUUUUGGAGAGCUGCUUGAUAUGCCAAAUGUUCAAGAGCUUGCUGAAAGUGAAUUCUCACCUAUUUUUCGCCUGCUUACAGUCUUUGCAUAUGGGACGUAUUCAGAUUACCUGGCUGAAGCUGGGAAUCUGCCUCCCUUGACAGAAGCUCAGAAGAACAAACUGCGCCACCUGUCUGUGGUCACCUUGGCUUCCAAGCUGAAGUGCAUCCCCUAUUCUGUACUGUUGGAGCAGCUCCAACUGAAGAAUGUGCGGCAACUGGAGGAUUUGGUGAUUGAGGCAGUGUAUGCCGAUGUUCUCCGAGGGAGCCUGGACCAGCGCAACCAGCGGUUAGAGGUGGAUUAUAGCAUUGGCCGGGACAUCCGCAGGGAGGAGCUCAGUAUCAUUACCCGCACGCUCCAAGAAUGGUGCCAGGGCUGCGAAGUUGUCCUUUCAAGCAUUGAAGAACAAGUUAGCCGAGCCAAUCAACACAAAGAGCAGCAGCUGGGCCUGAAGCAGCAGAUUGAGAGUGAGGUGGCAAAUCUGAAGAAGACAAUUAAGGUGACAACAGCAGCUGCAGCAGCAGCAACCUCCCAAGACCCUGAACAGCAUUUGUCAGAACUCCGGGAGCCCGCACCGGGUACCAACCAGCGCCAGGCUAGCAAGAAGGCCUCCAAGGGCAAAGGGCUCCGAGGCAGUGCAAAGAUCUGGUCUAAAUCAAACUGACAGAACUGAUGGCUGGGGAGUUGAAACAGGUGUCCUACAUCUGGUGCUUUCUUCUUCAAUCCAGAUGUAUUUCUGUGCAACCUUGUCCCUGUGUAAAUGGUUCUGCCUUCCCAUUAUUUUCUUGUGUUUCUUACAGCUCCUUUCCUCUGCUCCUUUCUGGUAAUUUUGUUUAUACCUUCUCUAUUUUGAAUGCGCCUUCUUUCCCCCUCUCCUCCCUCCCUCCCUCCCUCUCUCUCUCUCUCUCCUUACUUUUGUUUUCUUGAAUGCAUUUUUAAGGUGCCAUGAAAUGGCUGAUGUUUAAAUUACAUUUGCACCAACAGAUUGUUGUGGUUGCCUGUGUGGAAACAAAUCUGGCAUCAAGCAGCCGCUUAAAUUCUCUGAAGAGAUCCUAGGACAUUUGCUCUGGGGCAUCCAGUUUGACAUCUCAGUUUCCUGCUUUACUGGGAUCUGUGAAAGGGAGGAGUGUUUGUGUGAGUGUUUGGGUGGAUUGUUUUUAAAAAUAGUAUAAAUAUAUAAAUCAAAAUAAAAAAGUACAGACUAUA